GAAGAUGGGUAACUCCCACCCACUCAUUCUCUCAAUCAUAAAACAUUAUUAAUCAAUUUCUCUCUCUCUUUGUUUCUUUCUUUAACCUCACCCACAUUACAACAAAAACACCCACUACCCCUUCUUCCCCACAUCGCUUCAGAAUUUUGUAUACUUCUCUAAUUUAAUUCCACUGAUCUGUCUAGCAUUACGACUACUUAUUUCUUUCUUUCACCUUCACCUUCUGGAGACAGUUUUUUUUCUUUUCUCUUGGCUACCUCACAAUUAUGUCAAUGGACUUGGCUUCGUCCGAACGUGUCUGUUAUGUUCACUGCAACUUCUGCAACACCAUUUUAGCGGUAAGUGUUCCUUGCACCAGUUUGUUCAACAUUGUGACGGUGAGAUGCGGGCACUGUGCCAAUUUGCUUUCUGCAAACAUGGGAUCUUCUCUUCAAACACUGCCUCUUCAAGAUCCUCAGUUGCAGAAACAACAUAUAUACGGGGAAGAUCAUUCAAAUAAGGAAUGUGAGUCGUCUUCUAAAUGCAGCAAGUUAUCUACAUAUGAAUCUGUUGAGCGUGAAACACCUCGGAUGCCUCCCAUUCGCCCCCCAGAGAAGAGACAACGGGUUCCUUCUGCAUACAACAGGUUUAUCAAGGACGAGAUCCAAAGGAUUAAGGCUAGUAAUCCAGACAUUAGCCAUAGGGAAGCUUUCAGCACAGCAGCCAAAAAUUGGGCACAUUUUCCUCAUAUUCGCUUCGGGCUAAAGCUGGAUGGCAACAAACAGCAAGGAAAGUUGGACCAGGCAUUAUCAGAGGGCACUGAAAAGUCUAAUGGAUUCUACUAAAAAGCAAAUGUCUCCUGUGAGUAUGAGUUAAGGUAUUUGUAUUUAGAAUUACUGAAGAAAUUAAAGAAGAAUGAAGUCUCAUGACCAAAUAGGACGACAAAUAAUUAAGUUGAAAAUCUUUGUGAAGCUGUGUGUGGCGUACGUUCAAUUCCUUUUCUAACACUUAGAAGAGGUGAUUUCUAUUGUAGAGAGUGUUGGGUUUAUUAUAUAUAAAUGUUGAGGAUAUUUUAAGUGAAUAACAUUCUAAAGAAUGUUGUGGAUUUGUUUUCA